UGGGCGCUGUCGGGCCCCUGUGUGUGAAGGAUGGGGAAGAACCCUGAGCCCAAUCCCGGGGCCCCCAUCUCACUCCCUGAUACAUGAGGAAAUGGAUGAACAGAAGAUCCGAGAACUCAUCAACAAGAUGAUGGAGCUGCUGACUGGAGAGGUUCCUAUAAGGUGUCAGGACGUGGCGGUCUAUUUCUCCAUGGAGGAGUGGGAGUAUGUAGAAGGACACAAGGAUCAGUACAAGGAUCAGGUCAUGAUGGAGGAUCAGCAGCCCCUCACAUCACCAGUCAGAUCCAGUAAGAGAACAGCACCAGAGAGGUGUCCCCAUCCUCUUGAUCAGCAGUAUAAGGAGGACAUUCCGACAGGGAAAGAUCUGAACAAUAUUAAUGCUACAGACAUAAAGGAAGAAGAAGAGACAGAUAUGAGCGGUGAUGAGCAGUAUAAGGAGGAUGUUCCUACAGGUAACCGCCCAGAUUCUUGUACCAGGAGAUCAGAGGAGAAUCUUAUAUCUUCAGAUUAUAAAGCAGAUGAUGAUAUCACACAAGAUACAUAUGAAGAACAUUCCAUUAUCCCAGAUACACCCUCAGCCCUUCACAGCCAAGAUCUGUCAUCUCAUCCUUAUAUACAGGUCCUGUCUUCUCAGUCAUCACAGGAUGUUCAGCAAAAUAAAAGCCACAGAAGGGGUGUUGGACAUCAACGAGCUCAUACAGGAAAGAAACCAUUUUCAUGCUCAGAAUGUGGGAAAUGUUUUACUAAGAAAUCAGUUCUUGUUGUACAUCAAAGAACUCACACAGGGGAGAAGCUGUUUUCAUGUUCACAAUGUGGAAAAUGUUUUACUAAGAAAUCAAGCUUUGUUGAUCAUCAAAAAACUCACACAGGAGAGAAGCCGUUUUCAUGUUCACAAUGUGGGAAAUGUUUUAUUAAGAAAUCACAUCUUGUUACACAUCAAAGAACUCACACAGGGGAAAAGCCAUUUUCAUGCUCAGAAUGUAGAAAAUGUUUUACUCAGCAAUCACAUCUUGUUAUACAUCAAAGAACUCACACAGGGGAGAAGCCAUUUACGUGUGCAGAGUGUGGAAAAAGUUUUGCUGACAAAUCAAAUCUUGUUUAUCAUCAAAAAACUCACACAGGAGAGAAGCCAUUGUCCUGUUCAGAAUGUGGAAAAUGUUGUACUAAGAAAUCAGAUCUUGUUAAACAUGAAAGAAUUCACACAGGGGAGAAACCAUUUUCAUGUUCAGAAUGUGAAAAAUGUUUUACUAAGAAAGCAACACUUAAAAGACAUAUAAGAACUCACAGGAGAGAAGCCAAUUCAGAGCAAUAUUAACCAUGUACAUAGAAUAUCUGACAUUUAUACAUAUAUCAUAUACUGCAGGGGUCUCAAACUGGCGGCCCUCUAGAUGUUGCAAAACUUUAACUCCCAGCAUGCCUGUGAGGGGAGUCAGCUUGUUAUAGGUUUUUAUAUAACCUUUUAUAAUAAUCCUUUAUAUGAUUAUACACCAUUUUGUAUAUCAUCAGCCAUGUUGUCUAUAGUCCACCAUCUUGUCUAUGUUCCUUCAUUAUGAACUGAGUGUGAACUUUACCAGAAUUAUAACCAGGAAACUUGUAAACAAGAACCACAACUGCUGAGCGUACAGAAAACUCCAAGGCUACUGAGUCUGAAGACGUUCACACUUCCCGUCCUUCCUACUUAGAGAUAAGACGCCUGUUUGUAACCAGGUAUCAUUGGGGAGUUUGCCGUCCUUUCAUCUUUGCCUAUAAGAAUUCUGCUGUAUGUAGUAAACGUCAGAAGACGCUGUAUACAGAUCCAAGUCUGUGUCAUUUCUUCCAAUCUAUCAGGCCUGAUUGAUAAAACAUUUCCAAUUUGGCCUCAAACA